AUGAAGACCAAGUGGGGCCUUUUAGACGACUGCAACUCGCUGGACGUACCCGAAGACAAGCUUUGGGAAGCUAUCAGCGGCAUCAUCGACAAGGAGACGAACAAGACGUUACUGACGUACGGCAAGCGGGUCAACAGCUUUGUUUUCAAGGUCUCGCAUAUGAUUGAAGAGCAUGGCCUCACCGAGAAGCUCGAGAACGGCAAGCCCAAGGCCAAGGUCCUCGAGACGCUUGUCGAACGGAUCCCGCUUCUCUGCAAGUCGUGGAGCCCCAAGACAAAGCACCUUCGCGACAAGAAGUCGUCCGACGACGAAGAAGAACAGCAGAGGCGCAAGUUCAAGCUGAAGGACACCAAGCCGUCAGUGCAGAAGGACAGCAAGGACGAAGGGAAGGAACGUCCGUGCUGGCACUGCAGCAGCAAGAAGCACAAAUAG